AUGUUCAUAUUUUCAGACGAUAAAAGCGUCCAAUUGUUAGGAAGCAAAAAGUUCAAAGUUACAAAAGUUGUCAACUUUACGCCUGCAAAGGAGUACGUAGUAAAUAGAGAUUAUGAAACCGUUACUACAAAUGACGGUGCAGAACCGGCUGCUGAACUCAAACCUGCUGCUGAUGAAGAUGUUGUUAAUGUCAAAAAUGAGACGAAAGACUCCAGCUCGCCUUAUGAAUUUGAGGCAUCAAAACCGGAUGAUGAUGCUCAAAUUUACGACUUUCAGUAUUCAAAGAAUGUCCAGGCAGUAGUUAAUCCCAUCGUUACUAAUCAGACUAAAUUAGAUAGUUAUGGGUCAUUGGAGUGUAGUGAUCUGAACUUGAAAAGUGAAGUUGACAGUACCGAGAGGCUGAAAAUUGAUUGUGUCGUUCAUUACUUAUGGAGGAUCGAGGAAAGGCCAAAUAAUUCAGUGCUUGUCGUAUCUGUCAUUUUUGGGGAAGAAAAUUCUUCUAAAUUCAUGUCCGACAGGAUGUGUAAUGACGAGAGAUACAAGAAAUUCAACAUGGAGAACAGGUUCCCACUGAGGAUGAUCAAAGAUUUAGAGCUUGGCAAUCCUGUAGAGAUCAAAGUGUAUGACAUUUCUUACAAAUGUGAUAACGACGAUAUUGUUUUAAAACCAAUGACAAGAACGAUACCGGUCUACGAGUACAUUAAAGAGACACCACUGCACGUAGCUUUCCACAUGGAUGUGGAUGUCCCACAGAGCCGUCUGAAGUUCACUCGGUUCACAUGCAAUGUCGUUCUUCUACAUAUUCCAGCUACAUUUUCAUUUUAUCUCAAAGAAAAUAUUGAAAGCAAUCAGCUUGACGCGUUAAUCCCUGAAAAAGUUAACAAAACAACUGGCCAGUUGGGACAAGAUCGGUCUGCCCCUAAAGACCCCAAAAUCCACGAGAUGGCGAAUCAUGCGUGCCUGUCCAAUCAAUUUCAUACCCUACACACUUCAGAACAAUAUCGUUAUGAAUAAGUUUCUAUGUUCAUUUGUUUAUUUUUCAUUUUUUUAUUAUUAUUUGACUAUUAUGCGUGAGAUGUCUUACUGAAGAUAUAAAUAUAUAAAUAAAUAAUAAUGGGUUUAAACGUAAGUUAAAGAUAUAGAUAUAGUUAAUGAUUAAGUUCAGUAGACAUUUUCUUCAAAAAUUUCGUUUUACCUAACUACCUAUUGUUAUAUUUUUUUGUAUUUGAAACAUUAUUCAGAUGAGUUAAUUGUGAAAAUUUACACAAUGUAUCUAGCUAAUAUUUUUAAACCCAUUUUGGUUGAUAUUUUCAAAUUCUUAUUUCAGUUUACCAGCAACGAAACAAUUUAAAAUAAAAGAUGACCUAUUGUUUUUAACGUUAUUAACAUGUACCCUGGGAGAGAAAUUGAUGUUUGUGGGAGUUGUUGGGACUUCUAAGAAUUGUAAAAGUAGUUCUCUAGUUCAAUUCCUCUACUUAAAUUCCAUGGCGUUUGAGAUUUUAUUUUAAUUUAUUAAUCCAACAGCAAAACUUAAUUUUUUUAUUUAUUUUUGCUUGAUUUUGUGACUUUAAACUGUUUUGAGUAAUUACUGUUAAUGCAUUGUUUUCUUUUUUAAAAUUAGUAAAAAUUUUUAAAUGCAUUAAAA